AGUGCAAGGUUUUCGAAUGAUUCUUUAGUAUUAUUAAUAGAAAUGCAUUAAAUUUUAUUAAUAAGCAGUUUUUCAGAACACAAUUAGCUUAAAAUUAUUGCGAUGAAGAAAAUUUUACUGAAUAAUAAAUUUUUAAAAAUGUAAACAAACCAAUGAAGACCAAACUACGAUUUCUGAACGUCAAACCUGAAGUGAAAUUAGUUUUCGAAUAUUGUAAAUUAUAUUUCAUUAAAUUGUAAGCUUAAUACUAUCAAAACAAAUUGAAAAUAUUGCCAAUAUAUAAAAAAAAUUGUUCCCUAAAGGUAAAAAUGUCUAUAAAUGACUUCCUUAAGGACCUACCUGUACAUAAUGAAGAAAAUUUCUCGCUAUAUAAUAUUGACAACGCAAGAACAUCAUCAAUGAAACGACCAUCCGUAUAUUUACCCACGAUCGAUAUUCCAGCUGAACAAAUUAUAAUCACAGAGAAGAAAAAUAUUCUCUUGCGUUACUUGCAUCAAACAUGGGACAAGAAAAAUGCACCUAAGAAACGAGAAGCAGAGUCAACACCAUCAGAUAACCUUUUCCGAAAACGAUUGCGUCUUGAACGAUCUGAUUCCAAUAAUCCUAAUAAUAACUGAAAAAUUCUCUUAAAUUGCUACCAUUUUCUAAUUUUCAUUUAUUCAUCUAUCCUUUUCGUGAUUCGAAUCAGUUUUUCUCAUGAAUGUUUGAUGCGCUAAACAAACGAAAAGUUGUGCGCAAUCAACUAGCCAGGUUGCAGUUUCCAUAAAACAAAAUUUAUAUGUUAAAUACCUACCUAAUUUCUUUGUUUCUUUACAUAUUACGUAUUUCUAUUGCGCUGAAAUAUGUUUUUCUCUUUUUAUUUUAAAUAUUAAUAUAAAAAAGAAAAUAGAUGAAAAAUAAAACAUCUAAUUAAAUUUUUAAGUAGCGUUCAAUCAUAAUACCUAAUUAAUAAAAAAAGGAAUAAAUGCAAAAUUUU